AUGGAGGAUGAGGAGCAUGCAUCCAGAGGCAUGAGUAGGAUCAAGCUGGAAGACGGAACCGCCAAUGGUCGGCCCGAAGCCAUGGACAUGCCCGAGUCCACGCCAACGCACGUCGUCAAGGGCGGUGCCUCGCCUGCAUCCGUCAAUGGCAUCAAAUCAGAGAGCGACGGCGUGAAUACGCCCGCCUCGGGAAAGCCACGCCUGUCGCGAAGAUCUUCACAGAAACCCGCCGAGCCCGAACCGCGACUCUUCAAUCAUCUCCCAGACGUGACCGAUGAGUCUUGCAAGUCCUUUCAAGUCAUUCGAGACUGUCUCUACGGAUCGAGACAUCUUGGUUCUACCGACAAUGACGCCUUGGACUGUGACUGCGCCGAGGAAUUUCAAGAUGGAGAGAAUUUUGCCUGUGGCGAGGACUCGGACUGCAUCAAUCGCGCUACGAAAAUGGAGUGUGUAGCCAGCGGCAGCAAUUGUGGUGGCGGCUGCCAGAAUCAACGCUUUCAACGCAAACUUUGGGCCGAUGUUGCAGUCAUCAAGACCGAUAAGAAAGGAUAUGGUCUUCGAACCGACUCCCCCUUGCAACCAAACGACUUCAUUUAUGAAUAUGUUGGCGAGGUCAUCAACGAGCCCACGUUUCGACGGCGUAUGCUGCAGUACGAUAACGAGGGCAUCAAGCAUUUCUACUUCAUGUCCUUAAGUAAGAGUGAAUUCGUAGACGCAACCAGAAAGGGUAACCUCGGUCGCUUCUGCAACCAUUCAUGCAAUCCCAACUGCUACGUGGACAAGUGGGUUGUUGGGGACAAGCUGCGCAUGGGAAUCUUUGCAUUGCGCAAGAUCCAAGCCGGCGAGGAACUGGUAUUCAACUACAACGUCGACCGAUACGGUGCCGAACCACAGCCGUGCUACUGUGGCGAGUUGAACUGCGUCGGAUUCAUCGGAGGCAAGACGCAAACUGAGCGAGCCACCAAGUUGCCGGCCACAGUCGUCGAGGCACUUGGCAUUGAUGACGCUGAUGGUUGGGAUAAGGCUGUUGCCAAGAAACCACGCCGCAAGCGACCCGAGGAAGAUGAUGAAGAGUAUGUCAACAGCCUGCCAGCCAGGAGCUUGGGUGAGGACGAUUCGAGAAAGGUCAUGGCUGCGCUUGUGCAAUGCAAGGAGAAAUGGAUUGCCGUCAAGCUGCUUGAGCGCAUCCAGCGCUCCGAUGAUGACCGAGUCAUCCACUCCGUCAUGCGUAUGCACGCCUACCAAAUUCUCAAAACCACUCUCAACACCUUCAUCGACGAUCACAACGUCGUGUUGCAGGUCCUGGAUAUCCUGGACAAAUUCCCACGCAUGACGAGGAACAAGAUUCAAGACUCCAACAUCGAAGCGACGAUACAGCCCUUGACCGACUCGAAGCACGAAGAUGUAUCAGCAAAAUCCAAAAAACUGCUCGACGACUGGAGUAAACUGGAAGUGGCAUACCGCAUUCGACGAAGGAAGGUUGACCCCAACGCGCCAGUUCAAAAUCUUUUCGACGACCGCCGAGGACAAGCUCGCGAGGAAGAGACGGCUCAGUCGACACCGAAAACAGCAUCGCCACGACCGAUUGACGCUCCCAAGGGCCCCAAAAGCAGUAUUCCCCAGCGCAGUGUAUCAUUUCAGCAUAACAACGUGAACCGGCCACCCCGACGCUUUGGACCGCUCCCCGAGGGCUGGUUCACCGCCAAGGAUUCCAAAGGUCACACCUACUACUACAACAAACAAGGCAAAACGACUUGGAGCAGACCAACUCAGCCCGCCAACGACGGGCCGAAGGCGCCCUCCAAGGCCAUACAGGAGCAACUAGCGAUCCAAAGUAUCAUCGACCGCGUCACCAAGGAAGGAGCACCGAAGCACACUUUGCCACAGCCAACUCCAUCACACGCCAGUGAGUCGUCAUCCAAGGAGUCCAGGAGGAGCAAGUGGAAGGCACUGCCCAUGGAAAAGCAGAUGAAGAUUUACGAAAAUACUGUCUUCCCGCCAGUAAAGCACAUGCUAGACAAGUUCCGCCAUAGACUCCCGAAAGCAGAACUCAAGCGGUUAGGUAGAGACAUUGCCAAGAAGCUUGUAGCCUCGGAUUACAAGAACAACAGGGUGGAUGAUCCAACAGCAGCCCUCAGCGAGAAACAGACGCUCAAGAUCAAGAAAUACGUCAAGGACUUUUUGACACGGGCAGUCGAAAAGUACGAUGUGCACCAGCGGAAACAGGCCUCGAAAGAAGCGAAGCCAGGCAGCUCCAAUGACGGAGCUGCCACGACGGCCAGCGACCCGUCUCAGAGUGUCGAAGCCGAGGUGGCGGCGGACGACAUUGCGCUCAGUGACAUGGAAGAAAACGAAAACGACUCCCCUAGCAGCCAGGAGCGCAAACGCAAGAGAGACUCGGACGUGGCAGACUCGGCGGGCGCAACACCUUCCGAGGGACCAGAGCUGAAGAGACCACGAGCCGAAGACGGUGCCGAGCCGUCGCCUCCGCCUCCUCCACCCCCUCCACCGGACUCUGGCUCAGACGACGCCCUGACGGAAGAGCACAACGCCGAGCAAAGGGCCUUGAAAGAACAAGAAGAGGCUCUCAUGCGAGAAAACGAAGAGGCGCAACGGCUAGAGGAUGAGGCGAACAUGUCCAAGAACAUGGGAGAAAAGGCUGAGGAGAUGCGUAAGGAUAUAGUUCUUGCGGCGUGA